GGUCAGGUUUGCGCCCCAGUGAAGUUUGCUGGGCAGAAACAUUCGCACACCUGCACCGCACUCAUCCUUUGAUGUCGCGUGACCCCACAAACGGAAAGAAGUGACGUCGCAGAGCAAAGAAGACGAAUGACAACAAAACACCAAGACACGGAGGAACGUACGGUAACAAGCGACAACAGUGAAAUGUCUGAGGCGGAAGAAGACGGAGACGAUCACCCGUCAAUCAACGGUUUCACGGCAGAUUCUGCCGAAAAUGUGAAGAGUCAAAGCAAACGCAAACGCCGUCGUGUCCGCGACAACGCCACUGUCCUCGAUGAAGAAUGUUAUCCACCCGCAUUACUGAGAUUAACUAUAGACAGCCACGAAGGAGAAACAUUAAAAGAUCUCUACCAUGGAGAAGGAGUGGCUUGUUUUGAAGGAGAUCACACGUACAAGGGCACGUUUACCAAAGGAGUAAUGCACGGACAUGGUGUCUUCACAUGGGCUGACGGAAUGAAAUAUGAGGGAGACUUUGUCAACAACCUCCCCAGCGGCUACGGCACCAUCACGUGGCCAAGUGGCAGCUCCUACACGGGCGAGAUUUACAAGGCAAUACGACACGGAAUUGGAACGUACAAAUGUGCCGACAACGGUGUCAAGUACACGGGGCAGUGGAAUUACAGCAAGAGGCACGGACAGGGUGUGAUGUAUUUUAACGAGGAUAAGACCUCGUGGUACAAAGGAGAGUGGGAGAAGAACAACAGAGUGGGAUAUGGAGUGAGGCGCUACCCCUCUGGUAACGUUUACUUUGGGGAGUGGAAGGACAACCUGAAGCACGGAGAAGGCUCCAUGAAGUGGCUGAAUCUGGGCCAGGAGUAUGUUGGGACAUGGCAGGAUGGAAUCCAGCACGGAAAAGGAACUCACGUGUGGAUCCUGAGGCGGACGGAUAUAUCCCAGUAUUGCAGAAGCAACCGGUACACGGGGGAUUUCGUUCAGGGUCAGAGACACGGACAGGGAACGUUCUUCUACGCCGGCGGCGCCACCUAUGAAGGGGAAUGGAGGAGCAAUAAGAAACAUGGGAAGGGGAAAUUCACCUUUAAGGACGGGCAUGUCGUUGAAGGAGAGUUCAAGGACGAUCAGAUGAUAACGCCCGAUGUGUUUGGAAACAGAUCUCUCACUCCUCUGUGUGGCGUGUGUCUUCUGUCAGGAAGUGCCCCGUCCUCCAUCUUAGGACCAGACUUGGCCUUGAACAUUGACAGUCUUCUGGAUUUACUUCCUGAGAAAAGGCGAAACAUUGAGCGCAAGCAGGUGGAAUUUGCGCUGUUGAGGAACAACGCAGAGCUGCGUUCCAUCUACAGCUUCUACAGCAGACUCGGCUCCGCCGGCUCGCUCGACAACAUCUACCUGCUGUCGCGCCUGCAGCUGUGGCGUCUGCUCAAAGACUGUUACCUCCACCACCACCACCACGUCACUCUGACACAGAUCAACCAUUUCAUCAAAGGUCAUACCACCACGACAGAGAGUCUCUCACCUUUCACCUCCAUUCCGCUCUGUGGACUCUUGAGUUGCCUCGUCAUCGUGGCCUAUCACAUCUACAGUCAAGACAUGCAAUCAGAGCGCUACGUUCUGGCUGCCUGCGUCACCAAACUGCUAGCAGGCGAUAUCCUUCCUCACGCCAAGAAUGUAAAAGGUUUCCUGUUUGGACAGUCUGGGCUUUCAGCCGUGGCUAUGAUCUACAUUCAGAGGAGCUGGGAAGCCUAUCAGAUGUUCUGUAGGGUCCAUUCAGCUCCCACCGACGAGGAGGAGGAGAAGAGCAUGACCUACAGACAGCUGCUGUGGAUGUUCAAGGAUCUCCACCUGUUGGACAAUAAGCUGACAAGCGUGUGGUUAAUGAGGUUCAUCACUGCAGAGAGCUUAGACCCCAACGACCUGGCCUGCCUGAAUAUGGAGAUUUCCUUCCUGGAGUUUUACGAGGUUCUCCUGUGCUGUGCCGAGGUCAAAUGUCAGAGGAAGAAGCGCUUACUGUCCAGAUCAGACUCUGAGACCAGAGACCAGUCCAAGGAAAGGAAACCGAGCGACUCGCCAAGGGUUCCCCGAACAAAGGUCGUGGGCAAGAGUCGACGCAAUGUCAGGACUCAAGUCAGAAGUCGAAGUCAGUCUGCAGAAGACGACGAAGAACAAGAGAGGGUACCAGAUACUAAAGUCCAGGCUCUACACGAGUUCUUCAACCAGGCCUUCUUCCCUGCUGUGGACCAUUAUCAGUCCAUCACUGCGUUCAUGGAGGAGGAGAAAGUGAGGAGGGAGAGAAAGAGCAGCAGUGGGCCUCAGUGAAACACAACACUCUGUCACUCUGGUCUACCUCAAGGAAAGGCUGCGUUUACUGCAUUACUUUAUGUAAAGUGUCAUUAUUUUUUAAAUGUUGUCAACUACAGGGCUGCAACUAACCAUUAUUUUCAUAAUUGAUUAAUGUUUGGUCUGCAAAAUGUCGAGCAGUGUUUCCCAAACCUGGAAACGAUGUUCUCAAAUGUCUUGUUUUGUUACAACCAAAGAUCUAAAAUCAUAUAAAUGACUUGUGUGAGAAAAUUUUGACUUUAUGGUCUAUGUUCUACGUGAUCCAAAGACAAAAACUAACAAAAUAGUUGUGAAAUAUCGCAAUAAUUAGAGUAGUUUCUUUUGUACUUUGAUGUAUUUCAUUAAAAAAAAAAAAAAAACAAAAAACUUAAUUGUAUU